UCCACCGAGCGGAAAGGAAGAAAAUUGUUUCUCUUGGCCUGACCUUCACUUCACCUAGACUCUAUAAAUAACCCUGUUGAGCUGUUCAAAAACAAGAAUAAUGACGCUCUACAUGCCUUUGUUCAGGUGCUGCACCAUGUUAAGAACACUAACCCAACUCCACGCCCAUCUCUUUGUCACUGGCCUCCACAAAGACCCAGGUGCUUCCACCAAACUCGUUGAAUCUUAUGCCCAAAUGGGCACCAUUCAAUCUGCAAGGCUUGUCUUUGAAACCUUCCCUAGCCCAGACUCGUUCAUGUGGGGUGUACUUAUUAAGUGCUAUGUUUGGAACCACUUCUUUGAAGAAUCAAUUGCACUGUACCAUAAAAUGCUGUACCAUCAAGUCCAGGUCAAUAGGUUUAUAUAUCCUUCCAUUUUGAGAGCUUGUUCUGGUUUUGGUGAUCUGGGUUUUGGUGUGAAGAUCCAUGGGAGGAUAUUCAAAUGUGGGUUUGAUACUGAUGCUAUUAUUGAAACUUCACUGCUUAGCAUGUAUGGCGAAAUGGGCUGCUUAGAUGAUGCACGAAGGAUAUUCGAUGGAAUGCUAAUUAAAGAUAUGGUUUUGUGGAGUUCAAUCAUAUCAUGUUAUGUUGAGAAUGGAGACACAAGUGAAGGCUUGGAUUUGUUCCGUAGGAUGGUCUCCGAAGGUGUUGAACCAGAUUCAGUGACAAUGCUUAGUUUAGCCGAGGCUUGUGGUGACUUGGGUUUUCUGAGACUAGCGAGGUCGGUUCAUGGUCAAGUUGUGACACGGGCAAUUAAAAGUGAUGGAUCUUUGGAUUCUUACCUAAUUGUAAUGUAUAAUGAAUGUGGUGACUUGCGUAGUGCGGAGAGGUUCUUCCAAAAUAUUACUCACCGGCAUACUGCUGCUUGGACUGCAAUGAUUACAUGCUUCAACCAAACUGGUCUCUUCCGAGAAGCAAUAGAUGUUUUUGUUGAGAUGCAAGGGUCUAAAGUGGAACCCAAUUCAGUAACCAUGAUGAGUAUCAUACGUUCUUGUACUAGGUUAGGCUUGCUUAGAGAAGGGAAGUCGGUUCAUUGCUUUGUUCUUAAAAAAGCUUUAGAUGCUGACCUUGAUUUGUUAGGGCCAACUUUAAUAGAAUUAUAUGCCGAGUGUGGAAAACUAAAUAAUUGUGAGGGGGUUCUUCAUGCACUUGGGGAGAGAGAUAUUGUAUCAUGGAAUAUGCUCAUCUCGCUUUAUGUUCAGAAAGGGUUGUUGAAGGAGGCAUUAAUACUAUUUGUGCAGAUACAGAAACAGAGACUGAUGCCAGAUUCAUAUAGCCUGUCAAGUUCUCUUUCAGCUUGUGGAAAUAUGGGUUCAAUACAGCUUGGAUAUCAGAUUCAUGGCCAUGUUAUCAAAAGAGGCAUUAUGGAUGAGUUUGUACAGAAUUCGCUAAUGGACAUGUACUCCAAAUGUGGCUUUGUAGAUUCCGCAUACAUGAUAUUUGAAAAGAUUAACCAGAGAAGUGUCGUAACUUGGAAUUGUAUGAUUUGUGGGUUUUCACAGAAUGGGAUUCCAGUGGAGGCAAUCAGGCUAUUUGAUAAAAUGUAUUUGAAUGGCAUUGAGAUGAAUGAAGUGACCUUCUCAAGUGCAAUUCAAGCUUGCUCCCAUUUGGGUCAUCUAGAAAAGGGAAAAUGGGUUCACCACAAGCUUAUUACCUGUGGUCUGAAGAAAGAUCUUUAUGUAGAUACAGCUCUAACAGACAUGUAUGCCAAGUGUGGAGACCUUCGUGCAGCCCAAGGAGUUUUUUAUAGCAUGUCAGAGUGGAGUGUGGUUUCGUGGAGUAGCAUGAUUGCUGGUUAUGGAAUACACGGUCAGAUCAAUGCUGCCAUCUCACUAUUCAGGCAGAUGGUAGAUUCCGGAAUAAAACCAAAUGGAGUUAUCUUCAUGAAUAUUCUAUCAGCUUGCAGUCAUGCAGGAUCUGUGGAAGAAGGGAGGUCAUAUUUUAGCUCAAUGAAGGAUUUUGGGAUCGAGCCCAACACAGAACAUUUUUCAAGUGUAGUUGACCUUCUGAGCCGGGCUGGUGAUCUCAAUGGAGCGUAUGAAAUUAUCAAAUCAAUGCCAUUUCCUGUAGAUGCUAGCAUCUGGGGUGCUCUACUUAAUGGGUGUCGAAUUCACCGGAGGAUGGACAUGGUUAGAAGCAUUGAAGGAGACCUUUUAGAUAUUAGUACAGAUGAUGCUGGAUACUUUACUUUAUUGUCUAAUAUAUAUGCAGAAGGAGGAGAAUGGAAUGAAUUUGGGAAAGUGAGAUCAAUGAUGAAAGGUAUAGGUCUGACGAAGGUUCCUGGAUGGAGUACAAUUGAGCUUGACAAAAGAAUCUACACAUUUGGAGCUGGAGAUACUUCUCAUUUGCAAACGAACGAAAUUUACAGGAUUUCGGAAAAUUUGUCCACUUUGGCUGUCGAACAAGGGUAUAAUGUACAAUAUGAUACUUCAAUCUCUCAUAUUCUCUGAGGAAGAUAAUCUUACAGUUCACAGGGAGAAGUUGGCAAUUGAAUUUGGAAUAGAUUUCAAAAAAAAAACUCAUGUUCUUUGUAGAGCGUCAUUCUUUAAUCAAAAUUGUGCAACCCACAGGCAUAGAGAUUAUCUCGCGAAACCUGAUUUGGUUUCAUUAUGUAUGCAAGGGAGUUGCUCUUAUCCAAAUCAAGACGGAAAU